CUGUGCCAGCUGGUCAGAUCCAUGUGAGAGAAAAAUUUAGGAGCAAGAACACAGUUAUUUCAUCCAAGAAGUGCACAAUUAACUUAAUAGGUUAGCAACCCAACCUUAAACCAUGGGAAAGGAGAAGACUCAUGUGAAUGUGGUGAUUAUCGGCCAUGUGGACAGUGGAAAGUCUACCACCACCGGCCACCUCGUCUACAAAUGUGGAGGCAUCGACCAGAGGAGGCUCGAGAAGUUUGAGAAAGCCGCAGCGCAGAUGGGGAAGAGCUCCUUCAAGUUCGCCUGGGUGUUGGACAAGCUGAAGGCUGAGCGUGAACGAGGAAUCACCAUCGACAUCUCACUGCUGAAAUUUAGCACUCAAAAAUACACCAUGACAAUAAUUGACGCCCCUGGACACCGUGACUUCAUCAAAAACAUGAUAACUGGGACCUCACAGGCUGACGUCGCCCUCCUGGUGGUCUCGGCAGCUAAAGGGGAGUUCGAGGCUGGUGUGUCCAGGACUGGUCAGACCAGAGAGCACGCCUUACUUGCCUACACUCUGGGUGUGAAGCAGAUCAUAGUCUGUGUGAACAAAAUGGACCUGACUGAACCAGCUUACAGUCAGAAACGCUUUGAUGAAGUGGUGCGAGGCGUGAGCAGCUUCCUCAAGAAGAUUGGCUACGACCCUGCGACCGUGCCUUUCGUUCCCAUCUCUGGCUGGACUGGAGAGAACAUGAUCACUGCAACUCAGAGGAUGCCUUGGUUCCAAGGCUGGAAGGCAAGACGAAGGGAAGGAAAUGCAAGCGGCAGAACUCUACUAGAAGUCCUGGACUCUAUUCAGCCACCGAUUCGCACCAUAAACAAACCUUUGCGAUUACCUCUGCAGGAUGUCUACAAGAUUGGAGGAGUUGGGACCGUCCCAGUUGGCAAGAUUGAAACUGGAGUCCUCAAACCUGGCAUGACCCUGAUGUUCUCCCCUGCAAAGCUCACAGCAGAAGUGAAGUCAAUUGAGAUGCACCACCAGGGCCUGCAGGCCGCUCUGCCUGGGCACAAUGUGGGCUUCAACAUCAAGAACGUGGCUGUGAAGAACCUGCGGCGUGGGGAUGUAGCUGGUAAUGCCCAGCAGGAUCCUCCAUCAGAUGUCAGCAGCUUUGAGGCACAGGUGAUCAUCCUGAACCAUCCAGGGAAGUUAAAAGCAGGAUACUCCCCGGUCCUGGACUGCCACACGGCCCACGUCACCUGUCGCUUUGCUGAGCUAACAGAGAAGAUCGACCGCCGCACAGGAAAGAAGCUGGAGGACAAUCCACAGAUCCUGAUGUCCGGAGACGCUGCCACAGUCAAACUGGUUCCCGUCAAGCCCAUGUGUGUGGAAAGCUUCUUCACAUACCCACCUUUAGGUCGCUUUGCAGCCAGAGAUCUGAAGCAGACAGUUGCGGUCGGCGUCAUCAAGUCAGUGGAGAAGGACCAGAGCUCAAAACACAAACCCCAAGUGUGUAAAUAAGUUUAUUUACCAGUAUUCUGGUAUGACUGCUGAGAAGUUUUUUUAUUUUGUUGUUUUUUGUGUUUUGACACAAAGUAUUUAUGUUGUCUUUAAAGGUAAUUAUUCCUGUGUUAUUAAAAUCCAAAGAAGCUGUGUAA